GCCGUCGCGGCUGCUUGCGCUGAAGUACGGCGCGGACCUGGUGUGGGGUGAGACUCGAGGAAAUUGGGUAACAGAGAAGACGCUGACAUGGCAGGCCCCGAGACGAUUGACCGCGCCAUGAUCGGCACCACGCGCCGCCUCAACCCGCACACCAACACGCUCGAGUGGUCGCGGCUGCCAACGUCGAAGCUCAAGAACCCGCACCUCGACCCCGAGAGGCGCGAGUCGGUCCUCUACCGCAUUCACCCGGAGCUCGAGAAGGGCAGGCUGAUCUACCAGAUGGGCACGGCCAACCCGGAGCGCGCCGUGCAGGCCGCCAAGAUGGUCGCCGCCGACGUGGCCGGCAUCGACGUCAACUCCGGGUGUCCCAAGCCCUUCAGCACGGCCGGCGGCAUGGGCGCCGCGCUGCUCAAGACGCCUGACCUGCUCGUCGACAUCCUGACGAGCCUGGUCGAGCACGUCGGCAAGCCCUACGAGAUCGGCAUCAGCGUCAAGAUCCGCAUCCUCGAGGACCCAGCCGACACGCGCGCGCUUGUCUCCCGCCUGGUGAAGACGGGCAUCACGGGACUCACGGUGCACUGCCGGACCACGCCCAUGCGGCCCCGCGAGCGCGCCAUCCGCGACCAGCUGCGCAUGGUCGGCGAUAUAUGCCGCACCGCCGGCGUCGCCUGCGUCAUGAACGGCGACGUGACCUCGCGCGCCGAGGCGCUGCAGCUCAUGCGCGAGUUCAGCGUCGACGGCGCCAUGAUCGCGACCGAGGCCGAGAAGAACCCGUCAUGCUUCCGCCCGGACGCAGAGGGCGGCCCGCACGAGUGGAAGUCGCAGUGGAAAACGGUCGUCGCCGAGUACAUGCAGCUCGCCCUCCAGGUCGAGAACCGCUGGGGUAACACGAAAUACCUGCUCGGCCAGAUGAUCCCGGGCCGCGAGGACGCGUACAAGAGGAUGAACCAGAGCAAGUGCUACACCGACGUCAUCAGGGCGCUGGGGCUGGACGCUGAGGGCGACUUGCUCGAGAAGGCCCGUGUCGUGGACCAACACCUCGGCAUCCCGAACGCGCAGCUGACGCCCGCGCAGAAGCGUCAGCGGGUCAAGGACAGUCUGCAGCAGGGCGCCGACCAGGGCGAGAAGGAGCAGAGCGCCGACCAGGGCGAGGCAAAGCACGAGACGGACCGGGACGAGCCUGACGCCAAGAGGAUCAAGGUGCCUGACUCGGCCAUAGUGGACGGCAGUAUGGCAUCCACAGCCGAGGUCGCGACUGCACUGGCUGCAUAGCUCGCAGGUGGGCUUGACACCAUGGUGGGCAUCUAUCUUGCAUUGCGCCGUCGGGGUGGGGAAUAAGGCAGGCGUCAUCUCACAGCAUUUCCAGGAACGAACCAAACAAAUCAAGAAAAUCACACACGCUGCCCAGCGCCGCUGUAAACAAUAGUAAAACCCACAUUCACACCCAUUUCCCCCCCUAAAGCGCCCGAUUUUGCCCCAAGUUCACCCAUGUGCUCCCCGUCU